AUGUCUCGUAAAACACUAGCAACAAAUGGUAAUAAAGAUGUUGACGCUCCAUUUUUAUCAAGUAACCAUAAAGUAAUGCAAUAUUUACAAAGUUCGGCACAGUGUUCAACCAAUACUAAUAAUAAUUAUCAUAAUUGUAACAAUAAUAAUCCAUUAGUUGGUCAACACAAAACAUCUUCACAUGGACAUGAUAUAUUUUAUGUCAAAGAUUCAUCUAUGAACAAUAAUCAUAAUCAAUAUCAACAUCGUAUGCAUUCUUCUUCAGAAAAUACUCCAACACCAUCUACUAUUGAUACAUCAUCACGAUUUAGUUUCAGCUAUGGUUCUAGUCUUUCCGAUCCUGGUGGACACUGUAGUAUAUUGAGUUCAAAUACAUCAUCAUCUGGUAUAUGUAGUACAUUUUCUGAUGUUGGACAAGAAGAAGGUACAUCAACAUCAUCAGAAGAUCUUGAUUUUAACCUUGGCUUUGAUCAGAUUAGUGAUAAUGAUGAUAUUGAAGUAGCUAAUCUUGAUGAAAUUGAUGAAUAUGAUGAAUAUGAACAAAAUGAAGAAGAUAAUCAACGAAUCUCAAACAAAAAUAGUGAUGCAAUAACAUUACUCGAUUUUGGUGAUUCAAAUUCAGAUGCACAAAUUAAUGGAUUAGAAGGAUUUCUUCGUAAAUCUUAUAGUUCAGCAACUCUUAAUGGUAAUGUUGAAUUUAAUAAUGAUGAUACAAUAACAGAUAAUCAAAUAAAACAACAACAACAACAACAACAACAAUGUGUAUCAUUAUUACAUGAUUCAACAUAUACAUUGUGUUCACCAGAUCGUUUUUCAAUGUAUACUGAAAAUGAUGAUCAUGAAAAAGAUAAAGCAUUACAUACUAUAGGUACACGUUCCAAAUCAUUGGGUAUUACUUUAUUCGAUAGAAAAUCAGCUUUAUUGGAACAACCACCAAAAAAAGUUGUUCGUUUCGCCGAUGUGUUGGGUCUUGAUUUGGAAUCUAUUCGUUAUAUGACUCCACCAGAUCAAUCAGCAAACUCACUCAUUCAAGAAUGUAUUCGAAUAAAACUUGAACAAUUACGUCUAGCUAAAAGUCAAUCAAAUCUAUUGUCUUCAUCUCCAUGUCACUUUGAUCUUUCAAAUAUUCUCAAUCGAUCAUCUUCAUCUUCAUCUGUCAAUACUUCUAAAAAAUCAACAAAACAAUAUUGUUUAAUUUCAAAAUAUUUUACUUCUCCAACAAAUAUUAUUCCAUUAAUAUAUGAACGACAAGUAAUGCUUGAAUGUUUACAUACAAAAGAUUCAAUAGCAUAUGGAACAGUUCGUGUUCAUAAUCGUACUUAUGAAAAACGUGUUUUUGCUCGUAUAAGUGGAAAUGAUUGGGAAACAUUUCAAGAUAUUCAAGGAUGGCAUUCAAUGACUUACCCAAAUGAUAAUACAGAUACAUUUACAAUUGAAAUACGUUUAGAAAAAUAUGAUGAUGAUACCAAGGUUCCCAAACAAAUUUAUUUUGCUAUUUGUUUAGAAGCCAAUAAUCAAGAAUUUUGGGAUAAUAACCUUGGAUGGAAUUAUGUGUUAGAUGUAGUUGAAAGGCGAUAA